AUGUCUAUCCGCGCCGACUCUCAUUCAUCGCAUCGCUGUGCUCUUGUCGGCGUGCGGUCUUCGAGGAAUCACUUAGCAGUCAUGAAAGCAUUUCAAUUCGACAACGUGGAGGAAGGCCUCGUUCUGAAGGAUGUGCCCACGCCCAAGCCUGAAUCAGGUGAAGUAGUCGUCCGGGUGGAGGCGGCAGGUCUCUGCCACUCCGACACUCAUGUCCUACAUGGCAAAGGAGCUUCGUGGACGAACAAACGGCCCAUAACACUGGGUCAUGAAGCCGCAGGAACGGUCGCCGGGAUUGGCUCAGGGGUGACAGGGUGGAAAGUGGGCGACCGGGUUGGCGUGGCUGUCUAUCCGACCGACGACGGGGACUCGAGUCACAUCAUUGGGAUUGGUAGAGAUGGCGGAUACGCAGAGCAGGUCGUGGUCCCUGCGAACGUCCUCGUACGGCUUCCCGACGCGGUCAGCUUCGCCCAGGCGGCUGUGGCAACCGACUCGAUCGCAACGGCAUACCACGCUGUCAUCUCCGAAGGAGAGGUGACGGCGUCGACAACCGUGGCAAUCGUCGGGAUGGGCGGGCUCGGCCUCAACGGAGUUCGGGUCGCCGCUCUUCAAGGAGCCACCGUCUACGGAGUAGACAUUGACGAGAACAAGUUCCCCGAGGGCCUGGCACAAGGCGCCAAGGCAUGCUUCUCGAAGCUCUCAGACAUCCCUGAAGACGUCGUUAUUGACGUCGUGGUGGACUAUGCCGGCAUGGGAGUCACGACCCAAGAGGCGAUGCAGAGAGUCAAGCUCUCCGGAACGGUGGUUUUGGUCGGGAUCGGCGUGGCGAGCUUCGAGUUCUCCUCUCUCACAUUGUUGCUUCGCGGCCUGACCAUACGUGGCUCGAAAGGGGCGACCCUGCCCGAAUACCUCGAGAUCCUGAAGUUGAUCGCCGCGGGUAAGAUCGUCCCCAAGCUGACCGAAGUCCCGUUUUCGACCGUACCGGAAAGUCUGAAACGACUUGAGCAGGUUGGUGGGGUCGUCGGGAGGCUGUAUACGAGGCCGAACGCGUGA